CCAGUGGCUUCUCCCAGGAGCAGUUCCGGGAGGCCUGUGCCGAGCUCCAGCAGCCCGCGCUGGCCGGGGCCGAAUGGCAGCUAAUGAUGGAGACCCUGGGCAUCAGCAUCUACCGGCUGCUGGACCAGCAGACCGGACUGUACGAGUAUAAAGUCUUUGGUGUUCUGGAGGAUUGCCCGCCGGCUCUGCUCGCGGAUGUCUAUAUGGACUUAGACUACAGAAAACAGUGGGACCAAUAUGUUAAAGAACUCUAUGAAAAGGAAUGCAACGGCAAGACUGUGGUCUACUGGGAAGUGAAGUACCCUUUUCCCAUGUCCAACAGGGAUUAUGUCUACAUCCGUCAGCGGCGAGAGCUGGACGUGGAAGGACGGAAGAUCUACGUGGUCCUGGCCCAGAGCACCUCCGUGCCACAGUUUGCUGAGAGGUCGGGCGUGAUCCGGGUGAAGGGGUACAAGCAGAGCCUGGCGAUUGAGAGCGAUGGCAAGAAGGGGAGCAAAGUGUUCAUGCAUUACUUCGAUAACCCAGGUGGCCAAAUUCCGUCCUGGCUCAUUAACUGGGCCGCCAAGAACGGAGUUCCUAACUUCUUGAAAGACUUGGCGAAAGCCUGUCAGAACUACCUCCAGAAAACCUAAGGAAGGGGCUUGGGAAGCUCGUGCCCAUGCACCGACGUCUGCGGAAGAGCCACAGCCCACGGACGCUCGGCCUUCCUUUCGCUUUCCCGUCCUCAGAGGCCGGCACACCGUCCAGCUCGGCCCCAGCCUCCCUGUGUGCCUGACGCCUAGCUUCCUUUCCCACUCGCCCUGCCCUGGGCCCCGCUGGCUGCCUCCUUCCACAGUUGAAUAUGCGUCAGAUUAGGGAAACUUCUGCUUGUUUGUUUUUCAAAAGGGAAGUCUUCAGCAGGGAACACAAACACUCCAUUGUGCCUUUGGAAGGGGAUGGGUGGGUGGAGAAGCCACAACAACAACAAAACACACAAAAGAAUGCCCUCUCCAGGCAAGCUGGCUCCUGCCCAGAACUGGAUUUCUUGGGACUCCAAGUUGCAUUCCCUGCAGAGUCCGCUCACAGUGCGCCAAGACUGGAAGGCUGGGUUGACGUCCCUUUGCCUUAAGUCUGGUGACUUGAUUUGGCUGGGACCUGAGGGGAUAACCCAAUAAUUUUCUGCCCUUCUCCACAGCUGGAGGAUCACAAGCUGCUUUGAUUUGAAAAACACUGUAGGCCUGGCUACGCAUAUGACUGUGAUGUGACAACCAUUUUCUCAUCACCCAUGUCUGGGUGUUUCUCUAUCCCAUAUCCCACUGGGGAGAGGUUGGCCACACCUCACUAGCUCUUCAUUUUACUGGCAAUGGAGGCAUCCGGAUGGGUCUGGGGAUGCUUUGCACACAGCCCUGUGAUAAAGUGUCCUUAUAGACAGUACGAUGAAUUUCCCCUUGGGAAGGUUUAGAGAUGUUGACAGGAUCAUGGUGGAUUGGUUGACUCUCUACUUUUUUCUCAGGAAUUCUACCCAAGUUGUCUGCCUCUUUCCACCACCCAAAGACUUCUAUGUUUUCUCCUGAAUUUUGGUAGGGCCAGAUAUCUAUCCUGUGACACAGCCUUGAUGAUCUCAGAGAAAACGUUUAAGCACUGUGUGUGACGGUGUCAACCUUGAUGAACGGGCAUAGGCAUUCAGGAGGUAAAGCCAGAAGCCAGGGGUUUAUGAAAACGGGAUAUCUCAGACUGUACGUUUUCUCUCUGGGAAGGAAAGUGAUUGAAUACCAAAUAAAUACAGAGUGGCUUCUAUUUA